CAAAGACAAAGUAAGAAGAAGUGCGUCAACAUCAAUUAUAGUUGUGAGGCCGCCUGCGUAGUUUCGAGUUAGCGUUUCCUUGCGUUGUGUUUAAUUUGUUGAGAAGAGCAAGUCAAUUGAUUCUGGACACUCCCAUGGCCGAGUAUCCGGUGCCUCCGCGUCCGAUUCCGCUGAACCAGCAGGUGCAGCUGAUUAUGGGCGACGAAAGCAAGGCACAAGCUGCAACUGUGAUGUCCACAGACGACCACCUCGCUCACACUAGUUCUGAUCAAAGCGUUGCUGGUGUAGUGAAGCAAUCCUCUCCGAAGUGCGACGUCGCGUUUCAUAGUACCUUGCAGCCACUGAAGCUUAUCUCCGAGAAAACGAAAAGCACAGAAAUCGACAUGUUGAUUGAUGUUUUAGUACUAUCGAUGCUCGAUGUGGUUUUUUUGCAAAGGCACUUGCUUUUGAGAGUGAUUAAGUAGUACAAGAACAAUCGUCAUCACAAUCACGUCGAUUGCUGUUGCUGAUUGGUUUUUUCUAGUUGAUAUUGCAACUUGGAACGCUCUUUCCUUCCGCUUCGGACAGGAAGAACCCAUACGAGGUCAACAAACAAGAAGGACGUACCGAGGACGCGACGACCAGCAAGCUUGCCAAGAAGACGGUCGCAGGGGAUGCAGAUGUGGAGCCAAAUGAUCAGAGCAAGCAGGGGUAUAAAAACAAGAAUCAGAGCAGCGCCUACCACAACUACCAGUCAAGCAAGAUGACCGCGCCCAACGCUAAAAUUGCGGCGUACGAUCUGGAGGUGACCAAGAUUGCGUUUCGGAAGGUAGGACUAUACUACCAUGACAUGAAUGACAAAAAUGAAGACGUGUAGAAAUGCGUUCUCACUUUUAGAACGCGGAUCGAUCAGGACCGCACCCACACGGUGCGCAUCCCAAUAGAUACAAAGACGUUGUAAAUAUUCGUAGUGUGGUGUACUAGUAUAGUUUCGUCAACUUCAUUUUCUCUUUCGAAUUUCCCCGCAAAAGCGCUUUGAUUUCGACCACGAAAAAAAACAGAUGUAUUACGUGAUGGAGGAGUUGUUCACGCAGCUGCUGUAUCCUGUGCAAAAGUGUCGCACGAUCUAGUACGAAGGAAUUGCAUGGCAAAUUUUUUCUAAUAAAGUAUAUAGGUACAACGAACUUUUCUUCAUGCAGAUUCAGGGAGUACAGAGGAGAGGCUGCGGAAGCGGAUCUGUAAUGCAGGACUGCCAUGAACAUGAUUACUUUGACUUUUACGACGAGCCACCGCGAUAUUUUUGCAAUGCAUAUGCUGAUGCGCUAUCUGCCCUCCAACUUCACGUUCCUGGACAUCGGCGCGGCUCCGGGCGGGGCGUCGCAGUUUCUGCUGGAUCGCUCCCCCAUGUCCUGUGGGUACGGGUUCACGCUGCCGCCGGAGUGGGGCGGUUUCCCGAUGGGUCUGAAGAACUGCUUCGGGCGGUACCAGCUGCACCUCGGCGACCUGCUCGCGGACCCGGACAAAGUCGACCUGGUUCGCUGCCAACGGGCCGUGCACCUGUGUUUCGCCGACGCGCAGCUGCUCAAGCAGAGCGCCGGUUUUGUCAACGGAAACGUCCGCAGCGAACAGGAAGCGCGCACGUGUUUAAUCACCAGCCAGGUGUGACAAUGAAUUUAGUCGCUGUACUAUUUUUACGAGGACGUAGUACUAGUACAUUCAAAACAUUCUACAGCAGCUGGUUGUAUUGGUUAAUUUCAAUUUCAUUUUCUGCAAAUCCUAAUCUUGCAGUUCAUAGUGUUUUAGAUGCAGCGCAUGUAGUGUAACCUGUAACGUUGUAAACGUGCAAUCUACUGAGACGAAAGCUCUUGCUCUUGCAUACUCCGCUCACUGUUGUUUUUGAGUACAUCCUUCACAAGCAAACCCUUACAUUGCAGGUUUUGAACGGGUUAACAAACCUGAAGGAGAACGGCCUGUUUGCGAUCCGCUUGUAUGCGUACGGGUCGGAGAUGUGCAAAAACGAAACGCAGUUGAUUUUCCUGCUGAUGCACUACUUCUACGAUGUGCGCCCGUGGAAGUCCGCGCAGUUUCACGCGUCCGACCUGUCUUUCUACCUGGUUUGUUCCGGCUUCAAGCGCCAGCAGUUUGCCAAGGACAAGAUGUUCGGCAAGUUGGAAAGCUCCUACAAAAAGUACUACCGCCUGUGCACCAACCGGAAGCUCUUGAAGCUACGCGAUGAGUAUCUGUGGCGAACCCAGAUGAUGAAUCACGGUGGCGCGGCGCCGGCGGCCAGGGCAGCUUUCAGUGGACACAGUAAGGACGAACAAGUUGCAGUGGCGGGGUCCUCGUCCACUAGUACUACGUUUACUUCUAGCCAGCAGGGCUCAUUGAAGAAGAUUUCCGCGGUAGUCAAGGAUCCCACGACUUCUGGCACUGCUGGAUCCGGAGAUUUGUUGCAAAGUGUGACUGCGGCUGCGCAACCGGGUCUGCUCGUAGACCUCAAAAAUGUAAGCGACCAGGAGCAGCUGGCGCGCACGAUUUCGCGGGACAGCUCCGAUGCGAAGACCUUGGUCUCGGUGAACCAGACGGUGCUGAUCGACCACAGCACUGAGGAACUAGUGUCGCAGGACGGGAACCCGACGGGAACAGCAGAACGUCAAGAGUUAAACAAUGGCUGCAGCAAUCUUGACGCGAGGGAACUACAAAGCCACGACCACGUAAACGCUGAGCACAUGAUGGAUCUUGACGUCGAUUCGUCCGAUAGUGCCGGGCUUUCCGAGAACGACGACGACGAGGAGCUGCACGAAGAUGAGUUGAUGAAUCACUACAACAUGAAUCCAGAAGAUAUCAACCAUUCCUUUCCGGCGCAGGAAUUCAUCAUGCAAGAAGAGCAGAAAGAAAUGCAGCAGAAAGACGAACAGAACACCACAAAUGAUCCAAAAUUGCCGGUCGGCCAUGUCGUCGGUGGGAACGAGGAGGGCGAGCAGCACCAAGAUCAGGAUCAUAUCCUGGCCACUCCGACCAAGAAAGAGAAAAAGCUCCUCUUGCUGAUGCGGCCCCGCACGUACUCAAGUCCAGACAUUCUGUGCCAAGACUACGAACGCGAUUUCGACAUGGCAGACCACGGGAAGGCACUCGUCGAACAGGAUGAGAUUGUGGAGUUUGAAAACCAUAAUACAACUACCGGGAAGAAGAUCAUCAUGAUGACCGACGAGCCUGCUCCGGCGGUACUGGUACCGGAGACAACGGUAAAAACGGCGGAGCAAGACCUCUGUGCCGCUGCCCACCCUGUCGUGGGCACCAGCAGCUACCAGAAGGAAAAUGAAAUCAGCGAGGAGUUCUGCCGCGGUGACGAAGAAGUGGUAGCAGAUGUGGACGACCACGCUGACGUUUCCUCUGCCGCCGAAUUGCAAAACAUCAUGGAGAUGAAGUCGCGAUUGCUUGUUGCGAACGCGAAGACCACAGAGGAAAAUCAAAACGCGACGCAAAACGCCACUGUGGAUGAAGAAUCUCGCUCGUUCGAGGAUCGGGAGCAUGAUCGUUCCUUUGCGAGCCCGACACCACAGCGGCCGAUCCGCCUCCAGUUCGCAGACAGCAUGUCUUCCAGCACAAACAGUCUCGGGGAAGCCGACCGCUUGCCGGACCCGACUAAGUCUAUGUUUGAAGAUUUUGGUAUUAUAAACAAAAAUCAUCUACUACUUUGUGUUGUUCCUGGUGAUAUGCCCAUUUUGGAUCUAGGGUUCAAGCGUUAGCGUCGAGGACAUUGCGGCCCCAUCGACAUCAACGACGUGGAUGUAUGAGUCAUGAUCUUGUCCAUGCCAAUCUUUGAUGAGCAUAAUUUAACGCAUGACGACGUCAGGCGUUUUCUUGUCCUUGGAAAAGCUAGAAAAAAAAACAAACAGAAACGCUGAAGCAACUGGACCGGUGCGGAACGGCUUCGACCGAGUUAAUCCCGUGUUCGGAAACCUCCACCGAUGACCAGAGUCCGGAGUUUGCCGCGACUAGCUCCACCACCGGAACAUUCAUGGACAUCAACGAAGUUUGCCGCAAUGUAUAAGCGAACUUGAUAAAAAUUGUUGCAAUUUUUACAUCAUAACAUUGCAAAGGUUCUACUUCUUUGUUGAGGAUCAUGUACUCGCGGCUUAUCACAUCUUCGCUGCAUGAUUCAUGCCAGUUUGUCACAAACAAGAACCGAGCAAACCACAAAAAACCCCAUGCAUCGCACCUAACAAAACUACAGAUGGGCAUCUCCGAGGAUGAGUUUUGGACUCUCGCGGGCAUUCCGAACCCCGACAUGCAGGCCGUGGUCGGUCCGCAGCGUGGGCCGGUGCCGAUGGAGUUGGAUGGCGACAUCGUGUUGACUGAUGAGCUGUUGCAGCAUCAGCCGCACAAUUUCACCAUCGACCACACGAAGGAAGUCGAUCUGGAUGUGGACCACGCAAACAUGAGCCAAAUCAUGCAAAACCGGUACGGUGCUGGUGCAGGAGCGGCAGCGGCGCCCGCGGGUAGGGUGGAGGACCAGGAAAUCUUCAAUCAAUCCCAGCAAGGAGAAAGCGACGAAGGAUUUUUGCAGGCGAAUCAAGAGCGCAGGAUUUUGUUGAACUACGACGAGGCGGAAAAUUGCCGGCAGCACGAGGAUCCGCAGAACGAUGCUGGUGCGGCGGUUCCCGCAGAAGAAGAACAAAUAGUGCAACAAAAUGACGACUCCUGGGAUGUUGCAUGGUACGGCCAUGUCACGAAUGCGCACACGUUUUUCAACAAAAUCCCAGUGGCGAGGACAAGUGCUUCUACAUCUUCUAGUAACGCAAUAAACCGUGUAAUCACGACCGGAAGUACUGCAGUGGACCAGCACCAGGUCAGUGGGCACUCAGACGUUGACAUGGUGACCGCGGCCGUCCGCCCCGUGGGCACCAACCUUUUCAACAACAUCAGUUCUCCCUCGGGGAGGGCUGCUGCAGUGGCCGGUGGACUGCAGGGCCAGUUUCAGCAGCACGGAAUAAAUCAAGGAUUGUCGGAACCGACUCUCUCCUCAGUGCUGAACCGCCCCGUCGUGAUGACGAAGUCAAAGCCGAAGCCCACCUUUGCGAGUGGCGCAGCAUCCCCUCAGCCUACGCAGCACAGCUCGUCGACAAAUGAUGGGUCCGCUAUCACCGUGCCGACUGUGAUGAACAAGAAACCCUUGCUCUACAACCCGGCGUUGCAGAAGAAGAUGCCGAACAGCAGCCACCAGAAUCAUGUAGUUUCGAUCGGCCGGAGCUCUUUCCGCCUGUCUUCGGCACUCUAUGAGAAGUACCGACCCGAGCCGCAGCUGUUGGUCCAGCAUGCGCCCAGAUACAAGCAGUCGCAGGAAGAAAGGUACCUGCAGCAGCUCGAAAAUGUCAUCGCCUACGUGCUCAAAUUUGCGCAAGCGCACACCCGGCACGGAGGUCGGACGGUGGCGAGGGACACCAGUGUUGGCCAUGAUGUUAGCGCGGAUGUGGAGUCAGGCAGUACAGAGGACGCCAGCCGUGUCGUUAAGAAGAAAAUGCACAGCGAAUCAUCCUCGGAUCAACAGCCGGCAUCCUCGGCCGGUCCGAACUGCAGCGAUGAAAUGGAGUGACAUUUUGGAUGAGGAGUUGCAGAAAGCAGGUUGAAAAUCGCAAGAGUAAUUUCAGCAGACGAUUUUCAACAUUUUUCGCAAAUGCAUAGCAACAAUCUUCAAGCUUAAGCUUUCUGAAUCAAUGUCACAGAUAUAGUUGCAGCGAACAAUAACAAUAAGUUUCACUAGCGUUUGCUGCUAGUUGUAGUUUCAGUUUAUCUUUUUCUUCGUUUGAGAAUACAGUUUCAGUUUAUACCUUAAUCGCGUUGACGAGAGAAAUGAAAUCAUGCUUUGCCUCGACCUAGAUCUGAUUUUUUUACAAAAGUGACAACAAAUGUCUUGCUAGCUUCGUUGAUGCUGCUUUUUUCCAAACGAUUUAACACCAAAGUGCGACGAGUGUUUCUUUAUCAUUCUGCGUUUACGAUUUUAUCGCAGCUAUCACAUCUCAAUGUUAUGAACAUCGGCUACUUAGACAGAGUCUACUCCAAUACUAGAGAACAAAGCUCUCUGAUAGUUUUAUCACGAGCUUCCUAUUUCCGUUCAUUUCGAUUUUUCGAGAAGUAGUAGGCCGAGUGAUGGUGAUGCUACCAUUGCCUCCAGUCUCUUGUGUACAGAGACAGCUACACUCUCGCCUUCAUGUAUGAUUUUUUAAUGCACAAGUUGUAAACGGAAGCGCCGUUUCUUAUGCGAUUAGUAAUUGCAUUUGCAGACGACCCUUUCGCUUUCCUAGAAACUUACUAACUUAUCAACUUUUUUAUAUACAGCGAACUUUUUUCAAGGAGCUGCUGCUCGUGCAAAAGUGGUUUGCUUCGUUUUUAUCAAUUCUUUCUCCUUUUUUCAUCAUUUUUCUGUGAAGAAUGAUGGCACUUGUCAACUACAAGAGCUGCACUAGUACAUGUACAGGUUUAUUUUACAUACUUUUGGAAACUCAAACGAAUACGAAUUGGAAUAGCCACAAUGACACCGUCGAGAACAAAGAUUUUAAAUGACAACUCUUCUCUCACCAGUUUCAGACUAACUUCUCCGCUCUCCGCGUAGUGCGUGGCCAUAAUAUAUGAGGGAUUCAAACACCAUCCGCAUACUUUUACGCACCUCUUACCUGCCUCAGGCUCUGCCUAAAUUUACUUUUUUUUAGCCUUCUUGUCGAUGUGAACUUUUUUCGCAAACCAUUUUUAUUUAGUGCGCACUAGUUCUAGGUGUAAGUCGCAUUGCCAAUAUCGAUAUUUCAUGUGGAACUUGUUAGACUUACCGAAAUAAAACUGUAUGAUAAAUAGAAGAUAAAAUCUCGUUUCUGAUUCUGCAGGACCUUCUUGUGAUUUGCAAUUGCAAUUCGUGCCUGCGCGUCGUCGAUUUGCAUUUGUCUUCGAGUGGUUGCACUCACAUGAUGACUCCGGAAACGCUUCUGUAGAACCUCCACUCAGAGGUGAAGGACGAGCAACGACGACAACGUUACUAACUUGUGCAGCAUGGUUGUAAAUCUGAAAGAAGUUGCUGUACUAGCAAGAAACACGCGGUUUCCACCUGACUCACCCCUCGACCUUGAUUUUUCACAAUGCACUGUUUUUUUCGGGUUUUCAACAGACCACGAUCACCAU